AUGGCCGUCAGCACCGGCACCAUGUCCACGAACCCACCAGCGUUCUCGCUGGCAUGCACCGGCGACCGUCCUGGUCGCGGAGCCGACUCCGAGGAGGAGAACCUCGCCUUUUCUCUCAUGAUGCUGUCCCGCGGCGUGCGUGAGGAACCUGUUGCAUUCCUCGCUGAUGUUGCAGCUCCUCCGUCGCCACCGCGCGUGGCUGAUCCUGCAGCUCCUCCGACGUGGCUCCCGCGCGUGGCUGAUGUUGCAGCUCCUCCGUCACCACCGCGCGCGGCUGAUCGUGCAGCUCCUCCGUCACCACCACGCGUGGCUGAUGUUCCAGUUCCCCCGUCGCCACCGCACGUGGCUGAUGUUCCAGCGGGCGUGGUCCACGGUUCACCGCAGGAGCUGGUGUUGGUGCUUAACCAAGCGUCGUCUGCGCCGGCGGUCGCGGCGGCCAGCCAAACACCGCCUUCGUUGGCCGUGUUUGCCCCGGAACAAGCUCCAGGGCAGGUGCUGCCAUCGCCGGUAGUCGCUGUCGAACCAAGUCUGGUGCUGGAGCAGGUGGUACCGCCAAGGCAAGCCACUGCUCCGGUGUUGGCAAGCACCCAAGCGCGGGAGCAUAUGGCAGUCGUCGGGCCGAAGAGAGCAGUACCCAGGCCGAAGCCGACGACCAAACCGCGCAAGUUGCGCAAGACCAUGACCGGGCAGGCGCAGAGGCAGAGCCAGGCGCCGGAGCAGAGGCAGAGCCAGGCAGGGCCGGAGCAGGCUGCGAGCCAGGCACCGGAGCAAGUUGCGAGCCAAGCGCCGGAGCAGAGGCAGAGCCAAGGGCCGGAGCAGGCUGCGAGCCAGACGCCGGAGCAGGCUGCGAGCCAAGCGCCGGAGCAAGUUGCGAGCCAAGCGCCGGAGCAGACGCAGAGCCUAGCGCCGGAGCAGGUUGAGAGACAAGCGCCGGAGCAGGUUACGAGCCAAGAGCUGCUACACGAGUGCCAUAUCUGCCACAAGACGUUCACCAAGUCCCGGAGUCUGAACGCCCACAUGAAAUGCCAUCCAGAUGGGAGGCGGCACCCGUGCGUGUACUGCAUGAGCACUUUCCCCACCUCCUCCACGCUUCGCUCCCACGUCAGGCGCAGCGACAUCUGCGGCGGAAACAACCGGAGAAGGCUUGCACCUGUGGCCGCGGCGGCGAUCGCGUUCCACAGCAUCGACCUGAACAUGCCGGAGAUUUAA